GGCGAAGGAGGGGUGCCCUCAGGUGUCUGCGACCUCGGCGUCUCCCGCCCGGAAGUGCCCGAGGGUCCGCUAUGGAGCUGGCGGAGCCGGGCGCUCAGUAGUGCGGCGGGCUAGCCAGGUGCCAUGGCCCUGAUUGAAGGGGUGGGUGAUGAGGUGACUGUCCUUUUCGCGGUGCUUGCCUGCCUUCUGGUGCUGGCUCUCGCCUGGGUCUCAACACACACAUCGGAGGGCGCUGACCCCCUGCCCCAGCCGUCAGGGACCCCAACACCGGCGCAGCCCAGUGAAGCCAUGGCGGUCACCGAAAACGUCAGAGGGGAAGCCCUAGGAGCUGAGACCCCCAGCCUGAGACACAGAGGUCAGGCUGCACCCCCAGAGCCCAGCACGGGGCUCCCAGCAACGCCGCCACCCCUGGACACCACCCAGGAGCCGUUGGUACUACGGCUGAAGUUCCUCAACGAUUCAGAGCAGGUGGCCAGAGCCUGGCCCCACGACACCAUUGGCUCCCUGAAAAGGACCCAGUUUCCCGGCCGGGAGCAGCAGGUGCGACUCAUCUACCAAGGGCAACUGCUGGGAGACGACACUCAGACGCUGGGCAGCCUUCACCUCCCUCCCAACUGCGUUCUCCACUGCCACGUGUCCACACGGGUCGGUCCCCCGCACCCCCCCUGCCCACCGGGGUCAGAGCCAGGCCCCUCCGGGCUGGAAAUAGGCAGCCUGCUACUACCCCUGCUUCUUCUACUUCUGCUGCUGCUCUGGUACUGCCAGAUCCAGUACCGGCCCUUCUUUCCCCUGACGGCCACUCUGGGUCUGGCCGGCUUCACCCUGCUCCUGAGUCUCCUGGCUUUUGCCAUGUACCGUCCGUAGUGCCUCCACGGGCUCUCAGCAGUGGGGCUGGCGCCUCUGGACCUGGCUCCCGACCACAGCCACAGGGCGGGAGCUGCUGUCUGCCCAGGCCCACCACUCCCGCCUGGGCCUGCCUCUUCCCACUACCCUGGAGCCCAGCCCGGCGCCGUAGAGCACUCCGGGGGCAGGUGGAGGCUCCCCUCUGCGACCUCCACGGCUCUGCGGCGCCUCCCGGGGCUGCUGGCCCUCAGCCGCCACUGACAGUCCGUUCCUCCGGCUCAACCAGCUGCUGUCGCUGCCUUGGCCCUGGGCAGAGCGGGGCCACGCCCCUGGGCUCGGCUUAGUGUUCUUCUGCCUGAGGACCCAGCCACCUCUAGUCCCUAAUUGCUCCUUGCGCUGAUUUGGGGACCCAAGGACCGUGGCGGGGUGGGAGGGGCCGAGGGAGUCCCUUGGAACUU